GGUUUCAUUCAUAAGUCCAGUGGACAGCGAACAGAGCAAGGAUAACGUACAUUUAAGUUUGCGGAGAGAAAAAGGGAAAAAUAGGACUGUGAUUCGAAUUUUAUAAAUAAAUAAAGUCGUGUUUAUAUUUAUUGUGACUUACUAAUUUAAAAUAUACUGUGAUCUGGAAUGGCCGAUAGUUGUUUCAUUAAUCUCGAAAGUGAAGUCUUCGAUGAUCAAAUCGUACCUGACACAGACGACUGUUUCUUACCUCCCAGCGAACCGCAGCUGGCGAGUACAUCCAAUCUAAAAUCUGUAGAUGAUUGGGAUAAAUACAUAACAUUCCUAGACAUACCAAAUGGCAAGCCUUCAAGGAGAGAGAGCUCUUCUCUUGUCGAUGAGUUCUUUGGUGACUGCAAGGACAACCCAGAACUUCAGGCGGCCAAAAAGAUGAUUUCUGCUGGUCUUGUAAGGGGUACCGACAUGAACAUGCUCCGAACUGGCUUACUUAACGCCACGAAACAACAGAUAAUUCAGCAUGCUAUAGAAGGCCCUCGCAGAACAAGUUCAUCUUUGGUUGACGAGUUUUUUGGAAAGGAUGUCUCGCCAAAGCCAAUAGAAAAUAAAUCAAAGACGCCCGGUCUUCACGCAACAAAGUUCCAGAAUGGAUUUGAUAUGGAUGCCACAUAUGUCUCCUACGAAAAUGGUAUUGUCAACGGGUCACAUAAACGCCCAAGUGGAGCAACGGCAUCAUCGGGAACAUCAAUGUGGGACAAUCUAAGAGCGUGUAUCAAUAUAGCAGAUGAUGACAGAGAUAGUGAGAUAGAAAUGGACGAUACUCCUAUAGUGCCUAUUAUAAAAGUAGAGGACACUAGUGAUAAGCCAUCGUGUCAGUAUCAUAAUUCCAGCUUUGACAAUGUUCACGUUAAACAGGAAAAUCCAUCAAGUUGUAUGCUAAGUGAAAGUUCUAGUUCUGAUCAAUUUAUGGACAGGCCGAAAUCAUUAAACAUCCCAGUGCCGAAUCCAUGUUUAUUACCGACUUCAUCAUCUCCAAUGGUACAGUACAUAUCGCAAUAUAGCUCUGGAGGUGUUGUAAGAAGCCAGACCCCAAUGUCUCACAAUUACAGCACGACUCCAACACCACCCCACACAGUUCCGGUCCUGAUGCCACCAACACCACCUAACUCACAGCCAGGCAGUCCCAGUACUGGUCUAGACUUACGCAGAACCCCACCUCCUCCAUAUCCUGGUCUUAUACCAAGCCGAGUAUCAAUGCCAGGAUCGGUUAUGAACAUGAGCCCGAUGCUGAACGUUCCAGGGCCAGGAAGCAUUCACAUGUCAAAGAAGUCUCAAAAGACCCACCCUGGAUGUUCAACAAUAAAAUACAACAGAAAAAACAACCCGGACCUGGAGAAAAGACGUAUCCACUUCUGUGACUUUCCUGGUUGUCGUAAAGCCUACACAAAGAGUUCUCAUUUGAAAGCGCAUCAGCGGAUCCACACUGGAGAAAAACCUUACCGGUGUCAUUUCCAGAGUUGUCAAUGGCGAUUUGCGCGCUCUGAUGAACUUACACGUCACAUCCGGAAACACACAGGCUCAAAGCCAUUCAAGUGCAAGGUUUGCGAUCGGUGUUUCGCCAGAUCAGACCAUCUUGCUCUCCACAACAAACGCCACGAACCCAAGAGUAAGACCACGUGACUUGUGGAAGAAAAUACAGCAAGUUUUAAGGGAGAACUUUGUGCUUCACUUGGCUCCAUUGAGCAGAACUUUGUUGAUCACGAGCAGUCCUCGCACGGACAUUUUAGUUGUUGUCAUGGGCACGAACGUGAAAUGCUAGAGUUAGCAGACGACAGUUGCCUGUUUGAUGAAGGGGGUUGAAAUAACCCAGAGUCUGCCGAACAGACUGGAAGACUUUAUUUUAGGGAAGGUCAUUGAAUGAUGUAUUUUCAAAGAGACAUGAAUGACUUUGUUUUAGUAUGCCAAAGUGCUCGUCUUACGAAUUUAUUUUGGUUAUUAUUGUGAUAGUGACGGUGUUGUCAUAAAAUAGUUAAAGUUUUAGAGUUUAUUUGUUCACAGUAAAGUCACAAAUGUAAAUGUGAGUUUUAUUUAAAGCAAUCACUUUAGCUGUUGUUUUGUCAACCUUUAAUUGACUUUAGAUAUUGUGUAGUGCUUUCAAUGACACUUUUCAGAGCACUUCGCUUGUUUUUGUUUCUUUAAAAAAAAUGAUUUCAGCCUUUAGACAUUGUUAAUGUUUGCAUAUCGUUUUACAUUUUCUUUGUUAACAUGGUUUGAACGGCGAACGAUUUCAUUAAAAGAAAGGUUCCUUCUUUGUUUAUGUGCUAUUCACAGCCUUUUUGUAAAAAAAAAUAAUAAAAGCAAAUAUUUAUGUUGUUUUUUUACUGUUUGCUCAAAAAAGGCAGAUUUUUAUUAUGUGCUAAAUGUGUAUAUGACAUAAGUUUAUAUACUUUUUACUGUUGUUAACAUCAUAUCACUUCAUUUUACACCUCUUUCAUUUAUAUAUCAUUGAUGUAUGAAUUCCACUCUAUAAACGGGUCACUACCCCCAAUGUGAAUAUUUAUUAUUAACAUUUGUACUUAAAUGUUUCUUUGCUUUUUGGUGAGAAUAAAAUUAUUUAAAUUGGCAUUUUAUUUUUAUUGCUUUUUUAAUCGAGAUGAGCUUUUGGUGAUUUUUUUAAAAAAAAGAGAUAUAAUUUCCGGAUAGCUCACUUACCUCAAUCGCAUCGCAUUUUUACGCAUACUUGGUACAAAUCAUUAGUAGAAACAUUUCUUUGAAACCUUUUUUUUCUUUGGUAUCUUUUCAGUCUUUUUUUUAACGAUGAAAUGUGGUUUUUAGCGGGAAAAGAUAACUGUUAAAUAAGCUACUGAUAUGCCUUGUUAGUAAACUGACUUAAGUGUUGUUGUGAUAAAAGAAUUCUUAUAGGAGCUGGUAUAAUAACGUUAUAAAGUUUUCUGAUGAAAUAGUUUUAUAUAUUUUUCCAGUAUGUGCUUGUAAAAUUUAUGUUUGAAAAAAAAAGAAAUGCGGAAUUAAAAGUUGAAUAUUUUUACAAA